GUCAGGUGAACAUGAACGCCACACCGUUUGAUUGACAGGUCUUAUUUGCCCAGUCAACAAUAGAAGCGGGAGUGGUUUGCACCACUCUUACGAAAUGGGUGUGUCUGCAGGACCAAACAGCCAAUCGGGAGGCGAAUAGGACCCAAGAACUCGCUCGAGGCAGGGCGGCGUUCAGGGGCCGUGGAAGCAACAGAGCUAAGGAAGAAAAAAAAAAAGAGGGUGUAGAGAUGUAUGGGGCAGCACCGUGAACAGUACUGCAGGUACGGUCGCACACAGGUUACGUAGCCGCACCGGGCCGCGGCAAGGCCCUUACACCGCUUCCUCUCACCCACCACAAUGUCUGGCGUAGGAGAAGUAGGGUUCGUCCGCAAAGACACCGGGCAAGAGAGCCCGAGGAUGCCGGCCUGGAAGCGAGAGAUCUUGGAGAGGAGGAAAGCGAAGAGUGGCGGCUCUGGGGUAGCCGCUGGUGCCACGGACGACGGCGGAGGUGGGAGUCCCAAACGCGUUAACGGAGAGCAAACAUUUAACGGCAGCAACAGUGGCGGACCUAACCGAGACGACACGGGUCGGAACUACACCGUCACGUCGGCGAGAAACAAAGAAGCAAGACCGGCUGCCGCAGAGGAGACGACGCGAAGUCAUGAAGACAGACAGGAGAGCUUGGUGCUCCGUGAGAGCCUCGGCCCUUUGGAAGAGAACCCAUUUAUCAAGCUGGAGAAGGAGCGAAGGAGACGGCAGGACCGGGAAAACGCCGCUCGCCCCAUCCAGCACAUCUUGGAACUGUACGGUAACGUCCCAGGUAUACGGACUAUCAGAGCAGAGAAUAUUAUAAUCAUUGAGUCGGAUCCGGAUUACAUUUCGGACAGAGAAGAGGUAAAAAGUCCAGUUUGGCAGCAAAACUGUUAUUGCUCAAUGAAUGAUCUCUUGGAUAGGAGAUGCAAUGCUGUAACGGAGAUAAGAGCGAAGGAAGUUGUUAUUUAUGACACAACGUUGAGCAAGAGUGAGGAGAACCUGAGUACCCUUGGUCGCACCAAUCACAAAGACCCGUCAUCAUAUGAAGCUGGCGAGGGUCAAGGUAUGGUGAGCCGGAUCCUGCAGAAGUUUGACAGCAACUACGGGAAGCUGCAGAAAAAGUCUCACAGCACCGAGAACCUGCUGGACUUGGACGGAAGUGUCAGCAGAAGGCCAAGAACCUGGGCCAAGCCACAGCUGGAUCUGGUGCCAAAGUCCAGAGCGGAACGGGUCGAUACCAUGGGCAGAAGGCAGGCAUCAUCACCUGUCACCCAGAGUUCUUCCAAACCUAAACCCCCUUCUCCAGUAUUUGAGCCAAGCAGCCCUCAGCAUCCCACAGAAGCCUCUAAGUCUGUGACUUCCUUCCGCCAACGGCUUGAAGAUAGUGCAGGUCAUGGUGCUGCUGUCACUUCUAAAGAUGAACCAGAUAAGGCGCACAAGGUGGAUCCUGAUGUGCUCCUCAACUCCAAGGUGCCAUCAUCUUUGCAGACAUGUGACAUGCGUGCUGAGUCCCUUUCAUCUAAAGUGCUGCGUACGUCGCCUGAUUUUGAGAUCCGUGCCUCCCCUAAGCCGGACCUCACCCAAAUUCCUGACAGCGAUAUACAGGCACGAGCCCUUGCAAAUCUACGACUGCGGUCCAAAAACUCCUUCACGGUGAUUCCGAAGCGACGUCUUACUGCCUCACCUGAGGCCAGCCACACCGCACCGGCCAUGCCGGCUGCGCCAGCUACAACAUCACCUACUCCCCAAGUGGCAGAGCAAUCGGCGACAGGUGUGCCAUCUUCUCACAUAUCUGCACCUGCAAUGAUGCUCCAAAAACUGAAGGAGGCAAAAACGGAGGUGGUGAGGCCAUACAAGCCCCUACCGCCUCCCCCUGUUGCCACAAUCCCAAAUCCACCUCCAACCUCUCCAUCUCCUACUACUCCACCUAUCACAACUUUCCCUCCGUCUUCUUCAGGGGUCCCAUCAUCACCUCCUGUCUCCCCAGACCCCUUGCCGCCCUCCCCAACUGAAGCCCCCAUCCCUGCAGAUCAUCUCCCGGUAACAAACAUAGAUGACAUUGAGGUGGAUCACCCCCAUCGCGUCCCGACUUAUAGCCCCAUGAUGCAGAGGCGAAAGGGGAACACAUUCACUGUGGUGCCUAAACGUAGGGUGGAGACUGAGACCCAGCCCGGUUCACCCGAGCCCCAGCAGGAAACCUCAACAGACGCGUCACCUGGUUCCACGCCCCCUCAGGCCCCGUACAGUCAGCUGGGCUCCCUGCUGAAGAAACGCUAUCCUGCUGUGGAGGAGAUUGAGGUCAUCGGCGGGUACCUUUCCCUCGGAAAGUCCUGCCUCGCCAAGACCGGCACCCUGGGCAAGAAGCUCAAGAUCUCCUUCAAUGAGUCGAGUCUCCACAGCACGUACGAGUAUCCGUCGGAGAACAGCGCCUGGGACAGCGGGGAUGAAGACAACGUGGCCAAACCGGUUGAAAAUGUCGCCAGCGAACCGCUCACCAUGGUGGGACGCAUCCACAUCCCUCAGCCCACUUUCACAAGCUCGCCCACCCAAGCGAACAGCAGUAACGACCUCUCCAACUACAUUCCCAAGCACUCGAUGGACUUCAGCGUCUGGCAGAAAUACAAACAAGAGGACAGCGCUAACAAGGAGGAGGCCACUUCCCAGCAGGCACAGAUGACGGAGGAGGUCAUGUUGACGCCGGCAGACAGUUCAUCCCUGUCGGACUACAGCAGUGAGCCCGCCCUCUACUUCUGAUCGCUCCGAUUAACCGGCUGGACGGUAGCACCUCACCCGCAGGACCAGCGAGAUGGACUGCCACCCCUGGAACUGAACCACUUGGAAGAGAAAGACAACUCCAAGCACAUGUCCCUGACACCUUCAGGGAACACAAGCCAUGGUAGCACCACCACUCGCCACGCGAUCAUACUCCUCCGGGUGAUUUUCUCCAAAAAACAAAAUCAAAAAAGCAGCUGGACUGCCUUUUCCACCCCCAAAAGACUCCGUACAGUUGAUCUGUCACAACAUCAAACACGCUGAAAUUGAUAGGCUGGAUAGAUGUUAACCUCUGAGUCCUCUCAUGUAAACACUUCACGGUUUUGGGGACAGUCUUUGGCCCUUUAGCGCAAAAAUCUGCCAACGUCCACGUGGAGGUGAUGCCACAGUGACAGUGUUAGCAUGGAAAUGUUAGGAUGACCUCCAAAAACACACCAACAAAAACAAAAAAACCCACAUAGGCUGUGUCUCAAAUCCAAUACAUUCAUCAGUACACUUCAGUAAGUAUACUGUGUCCACUGUGUACUUAGGGAUUUUUGAUAGUGAAGUGCUGUCCCAAAUCGAUUCCUGUUGUCGCGCACUUACCGGAAAUGACCAUCACUACUUUCCACAGCCGCCAUUAUUUCAAGUUAGUCCCUCCCUUUCUGCUACAUAGCCAAGAUGGCGACUAUUGAGGGUGGUAAGUGUACAUCACUACACACGCACAAUUUUGGCCGUUUUCAGUGCAGCAUUUGGGCACUGCCAGUGCACUGCAUUUUGCCGUACUUUUGCACUCAAAACGGCUGAGUGUAAGUACGGAAGUGUACGAAUUGAGACACAGCUUGUGUGGACUAAGACGAUGUCUCAAAUUGAAUACUUCCGUCAGUACACUUCAAUGAGUUGUACUUUGUUCCUGAGUGUGCGAAUGGAUAAGUGAUGUUGCACACUUACCAAAACUGGCAACUGCAAUAUUUUACCCACUUCUUCUUCUUCUCUCCUUUUUAAUUGUGAAUUGCAACCACCCAAGUUAUUCUCUGCCCUUCCACUAUGUAGCCAAGGUGGUAAAUAACUGGUAAUCGAAUACUGUUGUUGCAAAAAUGACUAUUGCAUUAUUUUUACCCACUUCUCUCCUUUAUAAUUGCGAAUUGCAACCACUCGAAUUAAUCUCUGCCCUUCCACUAUGUAGCCAAGGUGGUAAAUAACUGGUAAUCGAAUACUGUUGUUGCAAAAAUGACUAUUGCAUUAUUUUUACCCACUUCUCUCCUUUUAUAAUUGUGAAUUGCAACCACUCGAAUUAAUCUCUGCCCUUCCACUAUGUAGCCAAGGUGGUAAAUAACUGGUAAUCGAAUACUGUUGUUGCAAAAAUGACUAUUGCAUUAUUUUCACCCACUUCUCUCCUUUAUAAUUGUGAAUUGCAACCACUCGAAUUAAUCUCUGCCCUUCCACUAUGUAGCCAAGGUGGUAAAUAACUGGUAAUCGAAUACUGUUGUUGCAAAAAUGACUAUUGCAUUAUUUUCACCCACUUCUCUCCUUUAUAAUUGCGAAUUGCAACCACUCGAAUUAGUCUCUGCCCUUCCACUAUGUAGCCAAGGUGGUAACCAGUAAUCGAAUACUGUUGUUGCAAAAAUGACUAUUGCAUGAUUUUUACCCACGUCUUCUCUCCUUUUUAAUUGGGAAUUGCAACCACUCGAAUUAAUCUCUGCCCUUCCACUAUGUAGCCAAGGUGCUAAGUAACUGGUAAGUGUCCAUCACUGCACACUCACCAUUUUGGCUGUUUAGACUCCAACACAUUUUGCCAUCCUUGUCAGUGUGAAUGCACUUGGGCACUCAAAACGGCUAAGUGCACAGCCUGUAUAGAAUACGAUUGUGUCUCAAAUUGAAUACUUCAAUAAAAAUACAGUUUACCCUGUGUACUUGGCUCCAGAGUGCACAAAUCGAUUAGUGCUUCCGGAAAAUGACAAUUUUCAAUAUUUUACCCUCUUCUUCUUCUGUUUCUCUCCCUUUUCAUUGUGAAUUGCAACCACUCAAGAUAGUCCCUACCCUACCGCAACGUAGCCAAGGUGCUAAGUAAGUGUCCAUCAGCGCACUCUCGGCAUAUUGGCCGUUUUGAGUGCAACAUCUGCAGUGCACUGCAUUUCGCCGCACUUCUCACUGUGAACACACUCAAAAGGCUUAAGUGCACGAAUUGAGACACAGCCUGAAGGUCACGUCUCCUCGCUUCCUGUAGAACAACUAUGAAAGGGUGCCACAAGUAGUUUGUGUUGUGUACUUGCAUGGUACAUGCAACGCUUCCGUAUGCCUUUUUUGCUUUUUGUAUCUUUUCAUGACAACGCGUAUUUGGUAGAACAGCAGGCAAAACGUCUCGAAGGUAUCAAAUCAACCAGUACGCACCCUGGAGGAGGUUUUCGUCAGUCCGUAGCGCUCAUUUCUUUCUUGGACAAAAGCUUGAACAAGUGACCUUGGCCAAAAAACAAAAUGUCUGUGUUGCUGGCGUUCCAGAAAGGCGUCGUCCUCGCAAGCUUCUCGUGUAUUUAUUGCUUCUCAGUGUUUUGCAUGUCUCAAGACCUGCUCAUGUACAAUGUUGUGUUUUUUGUGUCAAGGUAGAAGGACGCACGGUGGACCUCACGUACUCUCACAUUCCACGCAGAGCGAGAAAGCUGGUUUGGUCCGCUAAAGUAACGUUAAUGUUGUUUUUUUUUUUAAGGAAUGGGAAUGCACCACCGACUCCUAAUGCCAAGUGAUUCAAGUCGGUUUUUUUUGUUUUGUUUUGUUUUUUACUCUCAACCCCGGCCAGUAUUCUUGUACAGUUUCAUUAUAACACCAGAUGAUCACACGUAACUUUUUGUUUUUCUGUUUCCCGUCUUGAGUGUUUCAUUUGUCAGCUCUGUUGAGUGGAUGACAGGAAACACUUCAAACGAAGGGUUUUAUUUGACAGCUGAUUGUAGGAUGAAUAUAAACCACGAUUCCCAUUCUGACAGACUUUUCAGUGUGAAAAUUCAGGGUUUUUUGGGGGGGUUUUAUAGCGAAAUGAAAGGCAUCGUGGGGACUGUACACAAUGAAUGCACUGCCGACGGAUGCAAAGUCCACUUUUGCACACUUGCCACAGCCUUGACUCUUAAAUCUGAUGCUUGACUGAUUGUCCUUCCUUCCUUCCUUCAUCCUUAGAGCUCAUCUACAUGCCAGCAAUUUUUAAGCAGUUCACCACAAGUCAUGUAUUUUGUAUUUGCAUUGCAGUUUACACGCCGCGGUUGUCUUUUUUUCUCUUUUUUUUCCACAUUGAAUGUAUUUUUGAUCCCCAGCUGUUGUAAUAGAUGGUAAGGUGCAGUCUAAAUUGAACGCAAAGUGUUUUUGUUGUUGUUGUUUUUUUUUUAAUGGGCCUUUGGUAUAUUUUAGAAAUUCAAUUCAACAAAAAAAACAAUUAAAGUGCAGAAAAGAGCAGUGAUUUCGCCGUCCUAAUAUUUGGAGGAAAAGGGUUUUUUUUUUACAAGCAUAAAGUUGUAAUAUUAUGAGGGAAAAAAAAAACAUUUGAAGCAUAAAGUUGAAAUAAAAAUCUUCAUUGAAACAAAACAAAACUGCAAUUUUUGGGGAAAUUAAGUUGGGGUGCAAAAAAUUUUAAUAUUAUGAAAAUAAAGUCAGAAUGUUCCAAAAAAAACAAUUACGAGAAGGUAGUUGAAAUAUUUAAAAACAACGGCAAAAAUGGGGGGGGAGUAAAAAAUCCUAGUUAUAAUACGCUUUGUCAAGCCAAGAUGCAGGCUUUUUUAUGGUUUACAAAACGUAAAAUAUGAAAGUGGCCCAGGCUGGGAAAUAUUUGUGAAUCUCCGUGACUUGGCUUGAUAUUGUCAGCACAUUUGAACAUCAGUUUUUUUCUUUUUUUUUUUAAAUUUUAUUAUUAUUUUUAGUUUUUUUAAUUUUGUUUUAUUUUUUUUAUUUUUAUUUUAUUAUUAUUUUUUUUUAUUUGAUUUAUGAACAUCAGUUUUGAACAGGGGUGUUCUAAAAAUAAAAUUAAACAUGAAAAUAGAAAAAAAACAGCAACAAAAAAAGGUGAAAUGUUGAUACUAAUAAAAAUAUUUGUCCCCUAUAACACAAA